AUGCAGGCGGGAGUCCCUUGCAACGUUGAGUUAUUCUACCCCGAUGGUCCUUGGCCCGCUCCUGGUGGUGAGGAACUGGAUGUCCGCGCAUGGGGUUUCGGUGAUUUUGAGCGUGGAUUGAUUAAAGGUUUGGAUAUAUCUGUGCUGAAGAUCGUGGGCAUACUAGAUCAGCAUGGACCUUUCAGCGGGAUAAUGGGAUUCUCAACGGGUGCUGCUGUUGCUGCAAUCAUUGCUUCUAUAUUGGAACGACCCGAACGGAUCCAGACGUUCAUCCGGGACACACCCAUGAAGGCAAGCUGGUGCAGCUCCUCAGGAAAUUCUCGGCGAACUGACUAG